AAUUAUAAACAUGCAUAUGUAUGCGCAUGAUUACUUACUUUUAUAUGUUGAUUGAGUGUAAUAAAUGGUUACAUACUGAUUCCUCUGUUAAUUUGUCCCCAAGAUAAUUAUUGUCUUGUGGUUCAGCAGAAAGACAAUUAUUGCCCAUUUGCUAAUGUGCUAAAAUUCUGCAGUAGAAUUUCUGUUUUAUAUGAAUAUUGAAUUAGAAGGAAAUGAGGGAAUCUAUAUGCAUUUGUACAAAUGCAUGCCAAGUCAAUUAGUUGGGUGGUUAUCUGGAGGAUCCCACUUAAUGGCAUCGAAUUUUCCUUUAAAUUAUGAAAUGUAAAUAUUGACUGGCUAGAUUGUGCAUACAUGUUUAAAAAGUGUGCUUGAGUUUUGAGGUUCAAUCUCAUUGAUUGUACUCCCCUUUUCUAUAAUAGAAUUGGUUUGCGAGGUCAGCACAUUAGUGGAGAAAGAAGAGGAUAAGUCUCAUCCCAAUAACUGUUUCUGGGAUUUUUGCCUUUGACCAAGAAGCAGCUGUCAUGGGUUUCUUUGAUUUUGUCUUGUAAAUAAUUUUCCAAACGUAAUAAGGGAUGUUCACUUAUAGAAAGUCCAGGAGAUGAAGAUUCAUCAUCAAAUAUGGGAGAAUCAAUAGAUCCAGAUGCAGAUGCUGAGGUGGAAGAAAAGGGACGGGUGAAAAUGGGGGAUAGUGAGCAUCUGUAGAGCCCUGUUAAGGAGAAGCAUGAGGAGGCAGAGGAAGACGAUGAUGAAGAGGAAGAGGAGGAGAAUGAGAUAGAGAUUCAAAAGAAAGGGAAGGUUGAAAUGUCAGAGCAAUCAGAGUUUGCUGAUAGAUCAGGAGAGAAGCCUAGUCAACAAUCUCAGCCUGGACUAGCAGGGAAUGCAGGUGCAGUGGACCAAGUGCAUAUCGAGAAGGGACAUGCAAUAGGGCAACAUGAGGAAGAAAAUCAAAAAGUUCAGAAAAAUAAGAAUAAGGAAUCACAAGAAGGAGAGCAGAAGGCUAUAAUGUUUGAGAAGUUCCAUUCUGAAAAUCCUUUGCUUCUAAAUGUGUGCAGAACUCUCUUCCCUGACAACCAUAAAUAUGUCUGGAGUGGACCUCGCGCACUGGUUCAGCGUGAAGGUUCCCGUCGUAGAAGUUGUAUUGAUGCUGCUAUUGAAAUUUUGAUGAAGUAGGUACGUUUUGAUUACUUCAGAUUGCCCCUACAAAGGAUCUGAAUCAAUCUUAUGCUUCGCCUAGAUCAAAUAUAAUGUUAUAGUGUGGCAUGUUUGACAUAAAUGCUUGCAUACAAAUGGAAUGUCUGGUAGUUGGUGGCUCUUCUCAGCUGAGAAUGGUAAUUUGCUUUGGUAUGGUCUUGAUUUACAAUCCCUAGUCAGCAUUUGUUGUGACCUUUUGGGUAUGUGGGAAGAUACACUGGUGUUUCUUGUUGUGAAUACACUUGGUAACUGUAAUGAUUUAAUAUUGAGCUAAGAUUUUUUAGUGUGUUAUUGCAGGAAACAAUCACUUGUAAAACUGU